AUGAAAGAACAAGCUGAUAAGGAGAAAAAAGAUGAGAGAAUAGCAGAAGAAAGUGAAUUGGAGAUGCAAGAAUCUCCUAAUGAUGAAGAUGAGAACGCCGAUGGAAAAACUCCUGAAAAGUUAGUUAUCAUGCAAGCAAAAGAAGUAGGAACACGGCAGUUGCGUUCUGGCAUCAAAAUAAUCAAAGACAGAAAAGACAGAAAGCCUGCAAAGAAACCAGAUUACACAUACCCCGAAGCACAUAAGAAAGGCCGAAAAAGAGCAAGCCAAAGCGAAGAUGAAGCAGCCAACAAAAAAAGGAGGACAAAGAUACAUACCUUCAGUUGCACAUGUAUGAGGGACGCUUUUUACCUACAAAAUAGGACAAUAUUGUACAAACAUAACAUUGAAAAGCUGAUGGGAGAUGGUCCAAUUUCUGCACUAAUCAUCGAUGCUUAUGGAGAGGCACUUAAUGAUGAUGCGAAGCAGAACCCUCAGAAACAGAAAAAUGCAUAUUUGUCCGUCAAUAACUAUAUAUUUUUGCGAGGUGCCUCACACAAGCUAACAUAUCAUGCUUUCUAUAUGCCACUCCUAGAAAAUAUUGGAAGAGUUGAUAGAGUGUUCAUACCAAUUACAGAUGAGAACCACCAUACGCUGCUUGUCUUUGACACCGGUGCAGCAAAAUGGACACACUUCAACUCAUUCAGGGGGACAUCAGAAAAAACUCUCCAAUAUUAUCACAAGAAGGCAAUUGUUUUGGAAUGUGCUGCAGUAUCACUGAAAACAAAACUCGUCCAAAUUCCUGAUUUUGAUGCCAAGAAGCCGAGAGGGCUUAAUGAAGCUUCAGCUAGAAUGAUAACAAAAAAUACUUGCCAGCAACGAACUUACACCAGAAUAUGCUCAGACAAUGAAGUAUCUGAUUUGUCAUGA